AUGUCCGAGACCGCUCCUCCUCCGGCUGCUGAGGCAGCGCCUACCGCUGCUGCUCCGGCCCCCGCUGCUAAGGCUGCCGCCAAGAAGCCGAAGAAGGCGGCGGGCGGCUCCAAAGCCCGCAAGCCCGCCGGCCCCAGCGUCACCGAGCUGAUCACCAAGGCUGUGUCCGCUUCCAAGGAGCGCAAGGGGCUUUCUCUCGCCGCGCUCAAAAAGGCGCUGGCUGCUGGCGGUUACGAUGUGGAGAAGAACAACAGUCGCAUCAAGCUGGGGCUCAAGAGCCUGGUCAGCAAGGGCACCCUGGUGCAGACCAAGGGCACCGGCGCCUCCGGGUCGUUCCGCCUCAGCAAGAAGCCUGGAGAAGUGAAGGAAAAAGCCCCCAAGAAGCGGACACCUGCAGCCAAGCCGAAGAAGCCGGCAGCCAAGAAGCCCGCUAGCGCCGCCAAGAAACCCAAGAAAGCAGUGACAGCGAAGAAGAGUCCUAAGAAAGCCAAGAAGCCGGUGGCUGCUGCCGUCAAGAAAGCGGCCAAGAGUCCUAAGAAGGUGACUAAGGCUGCCAAGCCCAAAAAGGCGGCAGCAGCAGCAGCGAAGAGCCCAGCCAAGGCGAAGGCGGUGAAGCCCAAAGCAGCCAAGCCGAAGGCGGCCAAGCCCAAAGCGGCCAAGGCGAAGAAGGCGGCGCCCAAGAAGAAGUAAGCCUGUGUGGAAGAAAGCUCCUACUCCGCACUUAAACCCAACGGCUCUUUUAAGAGCCACCCACGUUUUCUCAAAAAGGGCUGAAAUAAGGGGAUUUUUGUGCUUUCGUUUUAAUAUCGGAGGUAAAAAACAAAUGGCUUUAUAGCUUUUUAGUCCGCCCCAUACGGAAGCUCGUAAAGCAUGUGCCGUGACUGGGAGGAACUUCACCGCUUUAGGAGCAGCGCUUGAUGCUGCUGUAAUCGUUACCUUGCUACGAUACUGGGAGAUCGUUCACUCCUUUGAAGAUGGACAUAGCUUCAAGGCGGCUUAAGUACUUAGAGACUUGAAAUCUAUUCCUUUGUUUUUAAACACUGUCUUGUAGCCAGCACUUAACGCUUUCUUUUCCGCAUCCGUGUGUGCGACUACGUGA